CAGAUCAGUUCAUUCCAGGACGAGUUCGAGUCCAGCGGUAUAAUGACAUCAAAUAUUUGCAUAGAAGAAGAAUAUCGGAAUCCAAGUCAGCAUACAUGUGAAAGAUGUGAGAAGAGAUUUACUAUCAAGAAGGGUUUCGAGUUUAACCCAAAUUGCGGGAGGGACGACUAUGGAAGCCAAAAAUACAAUCCUCACCGCGAAUGCGAUGGCGGAACAUUUAACAAUGGAUCGUCCCUUAAAUGCCAAAAAUGUAACUCUUGCCCACCUCCGAAGUUGACAGCAUCUCCGUGCAGUGCCGAAUCCGAUGUCGUCUGCUGCACAGAAGUGGAGCAUGUUCUAGAUGGACGUUGCAUUGAUCGUCCAGUGAAGACCACAGCGAAGACCGUCGUCAUAACAACUGAGAGAAUUGAUUCCUCAUCUGUCUGGACCACUGAUUCCAUCACUUCCAGCAGCACCAGCACCAGCCCCGCUUCCGGACCAUCUACAAAUGACAUGAAUUUGACAGCGGUCUUUGUAAGUGUAGGGAUUUUAUCUAUCCUUACAUUGCUUUGUGUGUUGUUUAUCCUGAAGCGGCGGACAAAACGUCCCAAACAAGAAAGGGGCUGCAAUGGGGAAAUGAAGGAAAUCCUAGAUAGUAAAAGAAUCUAUUCAACAGCUGUAUUCAGCAUAAUCGACGACAACGGAAAUCCAAAAUUGCCUCUGAGUGUGACUGACACUUCCUUUAAACUGUUAGCUCCUGAGGUCCAGGCUGCCCCUCUCAAUACAGUGCUAAACAACCUCGAUGUUCUCGAGGAACUCAUUCUGUUGUUAGACCCAGACCAGAUCUCUGGUGCUAAGAACACACGUCACCUUGCGGCCCAGUGUUCGUUUUCUUUCGCAUGGAUCAAUUACGCUUACUCCAAGAAGGACUACAAAAGCCCACUUGUCGCUGUCCUGGAGGGAGUCGUCGCCAAGAACCCAGACUGGACUGUUGGCCACCUUGCUGGACUGUUAAGUGGUAUCGGUCGCAAUGAUGCAGUGGAGAUUUUGGCAAAGCUUCACGCUAGUGAAAAAGAAUAACUGAGGCUGUUCUUCAAAGGGACAGUUCACCCUUAAAAAGCAAGAGACGUUUAUUCAGUCCAAACCUGUUUACGACUCUUUCUUCUGUUGAACACCAAAGAUGAUGUUUUGAGCAAAAUGUUGUUUGGUCCAAUUAUCAUUUGUGUUUUGCAGAAGAAAGUGAAUACAUGAUGAAAGAAUGUUCAUUUUUAGGCAAAUUAUCCCUUUAAUAAUACAAAACCAAAAUUUUUCAUGCGUCAAUGUACACCAGUAUUAAAAUACAAGUGCUGAAAAACAGGAUAUGAAGGAGAAAGGUCUCUAAUGGAACUUGGUUUAAAUCCAAAACCGCAUACUUUUCAAAACCAAAGAUAAUGAGAAGCACAUCGGCAGUCAGAUUGCCUAGAGCCAAAUACAGCACUAUUGGUUUUGUGAUUUUUGUCUAUUACACUUUAAUCGUUUUUAGGAAAUGUUCUGUAUGCUAUAAACAUUCCUUAACACUACACAUUUCACAUACCCUAAUCCUGUUUCAAAUAACACAAUUUGUUGUCAUAUUUGGCAUUUUCCUGCAAUUUAUACAUAUAUUUUAUGUUUGCUAAAACUGGUUUUGUCUUGCUGCUAAAGCAUAUACUAAAUAUUACAACAGUAAUAUUGGCAAAUAGGUCAUUUCAUGUUUUGAAACAAACUCAUCUCUUGAACACACAAACACUUGCUAACAUGAAUCAAAUCAAAUUUUCAUUUAAUCAGCAUUUCUCAAUAUGGCCAGUCCAGUAUCUGUUGAAUUUCAAAAAAAAGAAAAAAAGAAACCUCAGGAGUGAUAUGAAGUCAUCUAACAGCAAUGUGAAAGACUGACCGCAUGACAGGUUCUUACAGAGCAUCUUGUUAUUUUGUCCCGUUUCUCCAGUUUUCAUUUUCCGCAAUGGAAGUAGAAACAAUAUUUUUUAUUUACAUUUUGGAGAA